AGUAGCUCACUAGGCAACUCAAAGUUUAGUUCUAGACCACCAGAUACCUGCCUCAUGUAUCUAUACUUACAUCGUGAGUUUGAAAUGUUGGAUCUCAGUUACAGUGGGACAGGCAGCCAGACAGCUUCAAGACGGUGUCAUAAUUUACUGUACGGUUGAUGCAGCCUCAGGAUCUAAUAUUCUUUAAUACACUUCCUCCAUCCUCUCUCGAAUAUUCUACAGAUGUCAUCAAGCCCCUAAUUCCCUAAGUAUUGUCAUGACGAAAUUCAUCCCUCUCGACCAUAGUGCUAUCAAGGGUCCUAUUCUCCUGGAUCUUCCCUACAUAACCGACCUUGUCACAGUUCAAACAUACCUUGUAGAGCAUCCACCUUGGAGACAUACGAAAGCACAAGGUCAAGUUUAGAACAAACUAUCCCCGAACCAUACUAUUUGCCUCCAUCUCCAUCCAGCAAGAUGGAAAUACGAUCAAGAUAUGGAUCCUUACCCGACGCGCAGGAUGCAGGGAAAACCUUCCUUGAAGAAGGUUCUGACCAGUUCACUCCCAAUAAUGGUGCGGCACUGAGGGUUUACACCAGUCCGUUUACGCCCGCUUUGGGUGCAUGGGGGUUUCAAUAUCAUCCUGAACGUGGGCAUGAUUUCGACAUUGAGACAGUCGACAUCGCCCUUACACAUGGUCUACCAAAGGGUAUCAUGGAUCAUGCCUAUGGCCAGGGAAGGAUAGGGUGUCUGGAACUUUUCGUAGCCGUUGCUCGUGCUAGGCCACGAAUUCAUUGUUUCGGACGUAUCCACGAAGGCUGGGGCGCAAAACUGAUGAUCUAAGGGGAUCUCGAGACGUAUGGGGAGAGACCAAAGUCACUUCACGGCCAUCGAUAACAACGAAUUCCCCGUUAGGAAAGCUAGCAAGCCUAAAACUAUCCAAAUUCUAUACGGAGGAUGAGAAAAAGAAGAUGUUGGAGCGGUUGAGAAGAGAGAUAUGUGCAAGAGCCAGCCAUUGCGUUGGGGAUGAAUAUCCUGAGACAGGGAGAGCCGACACUAUUCGUGAAUGCAAUAGUCUCAGGGACUAAGGACUUUCCCGUACAAUGGCCCUGGCUAGUAGACAUUGAACUUCCUCGGGCAGGUGGUUCUGGGAAUUAGAUCUGGGAAUUGGCGGAUGAAGCGUUCUCGCAGCUGGUUAGCAUAAUCAGAUUUAUGUGAUACCCCC